UUUAGCAAACAUGCUUUUUUUCGAGCGAUAGCGGGUUCAGAGAACUUUGCCAUUUAUUAGAUAGUCUAGGGUCUAGUGCAGCUCUGAAUAUUUUGGCUUGAAAUGGUGCCGUUUAUGCGGUUUCUCGUAAUGAGCAUACGCUACGGGCGUUAGAUUCGCGCAGUAGUAACCUAACCACUUACAGUUUGUUUAACUGUAUGCACCAGGGAAAAGCGCGCUGUUGGUGGCAUCACCAACGCCUUUUGUCGUUUUAAUCGUGUGUUUCCAUAGCAGGUUGUGUUUGUUGGCUAAAUUGAUCAUCAAUCUGAGGGAUAGGAACUGCGAUGCGUGCGUAACAUAACUCUCGCCGAGGUAGUGAGAGACGAGAUUACAAAUAACCUACCCUAUAUUCAUUUAGAAAUAUAUAUGUUUUUAUAUUUAAACCAUAUCUUAAGUGCAUGUCAACAAAGGAAGAUGCCACACUUGCGGUAGGCUAUUUGUCCUAUUUGUGUUGCGCACUACUUCUUUGGGCAGAGAAUAAUCCGUCAGGAAUCAUUUGCAAGAAUGUCGCACAGCUCUUAUAACAGGAUGUGGGCUGCAAACCACAAAGUGUUAGAGGGCCUUCUUGAAGAUGAAUUCCCUAUCGUCCAACCUCGACCCCAGCGCGAUCGUCUGCAGAUCUUUCAAACGCUGGCUGGCUUCUAUCUGAAGUACCUGCAGAUCAUGCGCAACCUGGAGGAGGUGUCCGACCAGAUGGUCCAUCCGCAGAAGAGGCGGGUGGUGCGGACGGUCUUGGAGGGAAUCAUGGGAAGGUUGUUGGAGCUGAAGGACGAGAUGGUGGAGUUAGAGUUCUCCGAGUUCCAUUAUUUUGACGACAUGCUGCAAGACCUCAAGAUGACCCCAUCUGAUCUGGAGGUGCCGAUUCCUCGGUACUUUGUGAGGGAGAAACUGCGCGUCCUGAAGGAAAGGGAGAGGAUGCUGGCCCACAUUCUUGCCAAAGGAGGCCACUUGGAACAACACGAGUCGGUGUGUGGCGUGGCGGCGCGGGGGAUGUCUGUGGAGGAGGCCGUGCAGCUGAUCCAGGUGAGCGAGCGGGCACGCCAGGGGCGCCUCAGGGCUCGCUUCAUGAGAGACAUCCGCCACGACGAAACCAGGAGCCAGCUGGUCCACAGCCAGAGUACCUGCACCCUGGACCCGGAUGCUGCUGCCGUGCGCAUUCAGAAGGUGUGGCUUGGUUACAGUCAGAGGAAGAGGACAAAGAGAGAGCGGCUGGAAGAGCUGAUCUUUCUGGGAAUGGUAGCACCUCCGCGGCCGAUCCCGAGCCCUGCGGAGCAGUAUGCGCAGCAGGUGGAGGCGUCCCGGCGGGUGGUGCAGGAGCAGCACGAGGCGGAGUACCAGCGGGCGCUGGUCAGCAUUAAGGAGUCCGUGCGGGAGGUGGAGGGGCUGGACAUACGGGAGACGCUACAGGAACAGAUACGCCAGUGGUUUAUAGAGUGCAGAGAUGCGACUGGCAAGUUCCCAGACUUCCCCAGCGUAGAGGACGGGGGGUCAGCCAGGAUAUUCGCACAGAAGACACCUGAGCAGGUCGCUGCCGAGUUGGCUGCCAAAGAGGAGGAGAAGGAGAAGAAGAAAAAUGUGAAGGGAAAGAAGGAGAAGUCUGGAAACGAGAAGAAAGAAAAGAAAAAAGAGAAGAAGGGCAAAGCGAAGGAGAAGAAAAAGAAUGCGGGAGAAGCCGAGGAGGCAGAAAAGGGCUGGAAAAUGACGCCAAGCAACUUCCUUCCCACUGUGCUGCAGGGAACCAAGAUGUUCCGAGAGGUUUGGCAGGAGCGUGAUGAGAGGCAGAACUUCCCGCAGCGCUUCGAUGCUCAGCUGGUACGCGAGGAGAAGAGGCUGGAGGUGGAGGAGGAGGUCAGAGUUCAGGUGGAUGAGCUGAUGAGGCAGGAACUGAAGAAUCUUAAACUUGCCGUGGACAAAGAGAAGGGCAAGAAGAAGAAAACAAAGAAAGGCAAUAAGAAGAAAAAGAAGAAAGGGAAGAAGACCAGCAAGAAGAAGAAAAAGAAGGAGAGAGACCUGACAGCAGACAGAACCAUCGAGUCGCUGUAUGAAGAGCUGGUUCUUGAAGGUCUUCUGAUCCGGCCACUGAAUGUGAAGCUCUCAGAGUACAUUGGUGAGUACAGCUACCUGGGCACCACGCUGCGUCAGGCGGACAUCGAGCCCAUGCCCUCUCUCUCAGACGUCCGCCAGCUCAUCGCACUUUACGGGAUCCUGCCCCUAGGUUCCCAGUCUGUCCAUGAGAGGGCGCCACUCAUCAGGACCUUGCUCCUGGCGGGGCCGGCUGGGGUGGGGAAGAAGAUGCUGGUCCACGCACUGUGCACAGAGACUGGGGCCAACCUCUUCAACCUGUCCCCUGCCAACCUGGCCGGGAAAUACCCGGGCAGACUCGGCCUUCAGUACCUCCUACACAUGGUGUUCAAGGUGGCCCGGCAGCUGCAGCCAUCUGUGGUGUGGAUCGGAGAUGCAGAGAAAACAUUUUACAAGAAAAUCCCCAAACUGGAGAAGGAGAUGGAACCUAAGAGACUGAAGAAGGAUCUUCCAAAAGUGCUCAAGUCCCUCCGACCAGAAGACAGAGUGCUGGUGGUGGGGACGUCCAGACGGCCUUUUGAGGCUGACCUAAAGUCCCUUUGUAAAGUUUACAAAAAGAUUAUCCUGAUCCCAAGGCCAGACUAUGCAUCUAGAUUAGUGCUGUGGAGAGACCUACUGCGGACACGCGGUGCUCAGCUCACGCCUGCGUUUGACCUCAGCUCUCUGGCCAAAGUGACAGACGGCUACACACAGGGGCAUAUUCUCCGGGCUGUGCGGUCAGUGUUGACCACCCGUCGCCUAAGUCAAAUGGGCAGAAGGCCCCUCAGCGCGGUGGAGUUCAUCCCUGUACUCGCACGCCAAGACCCUGUUUACAGAGAAGAGGAAGAGGUCUUUAAGGCCUGGUACAGUCGCACGCCGCUAGGAAAGAAGAGGCUGAGAGCGGCCAAGACCAUGGAUGAGGAGGGUGAGGUGGGCAAGGCCAAAGGGCCGAAGGGGAAGAGGAAGAAAGACAUGAAGGGCAAAAAAAAGAAGAACACAAAGUAGACGCCAUUAGUCUCUUUUCAACAACUGUCACAUUUCAGCGAUUGCUUUGAACAGUUUUACCUCAGCUCUGGAUACUCUUGAUUUUGAGAAUACCCAGUGUGGUAUAUGGAUGGAAACACAUUUCUUAAGAAUACAUUCAAACAUGUUUGCCAUACAGACAUUCCAGUACUCCAUCGGUGAGAUCUCCAUUUUGAUAUCAUGUAGAAGUAGCAUUAUUCAGCCACUAGAGGCCAGUAAAACACUAAAGAAAACACACUACUGUUCCUGGUGGAGUUCCUGUUCCUGAUGUAUAUUUGGCAUCCAAAUAGAAAAUGUGAAGAUUAGUGACAUUCUUUAUAUCACUUCCUGUUGUUGAAGUUGGACCCCUUGUAGAAAUAGUUUGCUUCUGUGAUUUUAGUCUAUAAAAGCUACAUAAACACAUGCAAAGUCUAAUAGGA